CACACAUCAGUUUUUUUGAGAGCGUCGCAGUCGAGUAAAAGUGUUCCUUUCCUCGGUUUUCGAACGUAAUUUUGGUGAUAUUCUCGUGUUAAUUAGAACUCCAGCCUCAUCGAUUGAUAAGGUUUACAUUCCGGUUGAGCCGCGCAGUGACGAUAAUCAUGAACCGCCGUCGAGCGUAUGAGGAUGACGGUGAUUUCUACGGAGAACGGUCCCGGAAACGUCGCAGGGUAUCUGAAAACCAGGAGAUGGAAGAACGAUUGGAGACAUUGAUUUUGAGAGUCGGCGAGAACAGUUCUUCCUCUCUGGAGUCCAAUCUGGAAGGAUUAGUUUCCGUGUUGGAAUCGGAUUUGGGAAACUUUCGCAGCAAGAUUUUGAGGAUUCUUUCGGAAUGUCCGAUCAAAAUGCCCGAGAAGUGUACCAUCUAUUCGACGAUGGUAGGGCUAAUGAAUGCCAAGAACUAUAAUUUUGGUGGCGAGUUCGUUGACCAUAUGGUAAAAACGUUCAAGGAGAGCUUGAAGCAAUGUCGAUGGGAUGCCGCACGAUACGCGCUUAGAUUUCUCUCGGAUUUGGUCAAUUGUCAUGUCAUAUCGACAAAUUCAUUACUACAGUUGCUGGAUAACAUGGUUGAUGCUGCCAAUGAGGACUCGGUUCCUCAAGUUCGCCGAGAUUGGUAUGUGUUUGCAGUGCUUUCCACUCUGCCUUGGGUAGGACGAGAAUUAUACGAGAAGAAGGAAUCGGCUCUAGAGAAUCUUCUGGUGAGAAUUGAAGUAUUUCUGAAUAAGCGAGCUAAGAAGCAUCACAAUUCUCUGAGAGUGUGGUCUGUUGAUGCUCCACAUCCCCAAGAAGAAUAUUUGGAUUGCCUUUGGGCACAGAUUCGUAAGCUGCGUCAAGAUAACUGGGCAGAGAAGCACAUCCCAAGACCAUAUCUGGCCUUUGAUUCGGUUUUGUGCGAAGCUCUUCAGCACAAUCUGCCUUUGAUUCAUCCUCCGCCUCACCAGGAUUCAUUUGAGUAUCCCAUGCCGUGGGUGGUUUAUCGGAUGUUUGAUUAUACUGAUUGCCCAGCUGGACCUAUCCUUCCCGGUGCGCAUUCGAUUGAAAGAUUCCUCAUCGAAGAACAUUUGCACUCAAUAAUCGAGGCCCAUCAUUGGGAACGCAAAGAUUGCGCCGCCCAUUUGUUGAAUCUCUCAUAUAAGGACAAAAUUCCGCUGGAAUAUUGCAUUGUUGAAGUUAUUUUCGCGGAAUUGUUUAAAAUGCCUACUCCGCGUUAUCUGGACAUCUGUUACGGUUCGAUUUUGAUUGAGCUGUGCAAGCUACAACCAUCCAAGAUGCCACAGGUAUUGGCACAGGCCACGGAGAUUUUAUUCAUGAGAAUCGACUCGAUGAAUACGAGCUGUUUUGAUCGGUUCGCCAACUGGUUCUCGUAUCAUUUGAGCAACUUUCAGUUCCGUUGGAGCUGGGAUGAUUGGGAUAGUUGCUUGCUGUUGGAGCCUGAGCAUCCUAGGCCGAAGUUCAUCGAAGAGGUGCUGCUGAAGUGUUUGAGGUUGUCAUACCAUGAUCGCUUCAAGGAGAUGAUGCCGGAGACUUACUCUAAGCUGAUACCGAAGCCGCCAAUGCCAACUUACAAAUACACUAUGGAUGGUGCCGCUGCACUGCCUGGUACUGCAUCUGCCCACAAGUUGGUGGUGGCAAUCCGACAGAAGUGCACUCCGGAGGAUGUGCUCAACGAGCUGAAGGAUUUGCCCAACCCGCGGGAGACUUCCGAGAACGACAUGGUCGAGUCGACCUUCAAUCCACUAAAGAUUGAUGUUUUCGUACAAACACUGUUGAAUCUAGGAUCGAAGAGUUUUUCUCAUACGUUUGCAGCUAUCUCGAAGUUCCAUCUCGUGUUCAAGGCAUUGGCUGAAACAGAGGAAGCUCAGAUCUGCAUUCUGCACAACGUGUUUGAGCUGUGGGGUAAUCACCAACAGAUGAUGGUGGUAAUAAUCGAUAAACUGCUCAAGACCCAGAUUGUUGAGUGUUCGGCCGUUGCUACGUGGGUCUUCUCGAAGGAGAUGGUCGGUGAAUUCACCAAGAUGUACCUGUGGGAGAUUCUGCAUCUAACGAUCAAGAAAAUGAACCAACAUGUCACCAAGUUGAGUAAAGAGUUGAGUGAUGCUAAGGAUCGCUUGGACCGCAAUGCUGAGUCAUCUUCGAGCGAGUCGGAUGAGGAAGCAGCUGCGGUCGCUCCUGACGCCGCUACACCCGUGCGUCGCCGGAAGAAGCCAAUCGGUGACGAUUCUGACAAACCCACGGAGGAGCAGGUGGAGCGAAUGGAGGAAAAGUUGGAGGCUGCGUAUGUCGAUCAAAAACGACUGUUCCUGAUCAUUUUCCAACGAUUCAUUAUGAUCUUGUCCGAGCAUCUGGUCAAGUGUGACACGGAUGGACGAGAUUAUGACACCGAUUGGUAUCGUUGGACAGUAGGACGACUACAGCAGGUGUUCAUGAUGCACCACGAACAAGUGCAAAAAUAUAGCAGCACACUGGAAAGUCUCCUAUUCACGUCCGACAUCGAUCCUCAUAUAUUGGACGUGUUCCAUCAAUUUACAGCACUUAGAUCGUAAGAUGUCUAGUUCUAUCAGCAUAGACCAUAUUAUUAUUACAAGAUAUAUCACGCAAACCAGGUAAGUUGUAAUAUUCAGAAGUAUGAAAAGUUUGAAAGCAGUAUGGAAGGGUCAUGUCGGAAAAUUUCGGCUCUUCUGUUUGGAAUAUGCUAAAGAUGAAGAAAAAUGUUUCAACAUUUUUUAUGACUGUAGAUUCCAAGUUAUAGCAAUGCACUUUUUAAAACAAAUAUGAUCGAUCUUCAGUAGAACUGUGUUUGAAAAUA